CUUAAACCAGUCCGGACCUGCCCUUUAAUUCAGCCUGCUCCUCCGCCAUGUAUCCAUUAUCGGCAUAACACAACAGCGGGACCCUCAGCCACUACAUCCCUCCUGCGUCCUCCUUCUGUCCGCCGCGCCACCACCGAGUUUCUCUCCCCUGCCAUGCUCCGGGUCACCUCGCUGCUGCCUGCCCUGCUGUUCGUUCUCCUGCCGGGCUUGAGCCGGGGAUAUUUCCCCGAGGAGCGCUGGAGCCCCGAGUCUUCGCUCCUCGCUCCCCGGGUCGUCCUCGCGCUGGUCUGCCGCAACUCGGCGCACUCUCUGCCGCUGUUCCUCGGUACCAUCGAGCGUCUCAACUACCCGAAGGACCGCAUUGCGCUGUGGGUGGCGACAGAUCACAACCUAGAUAACACCACAGCCAUCCUGAGAGACUGGCUCAUAAAAGUGCAGAAUUACUAUCACUAUGUGGAGUGGAGACCUGAAGAUGAACCCAGUGCCUUUGAAGAUGAGGUGGGGCCUAAGCACUGGAAUAAUCUCCGAUAUGAACAUGUAAUGAAGCUCCGUCAGGCAGCGCUGGACACCGCCCGUGAGAUCUGGGCUGACUAUCUCCUGGUGGUCGACUGUGACAACCUGCUCACCAAUCAGGAUGUGCUGUGGAAACUGAUGAGGGAGAACAAGACCAUUGUUGCUCCCAUGUUGGAGUCCAGAGCUGCAUACUCCAACUUCUGGUGCGGCAUGACUUCACAGGGUUACUAUAAGCGCACACCAGCCUACAUGCCCAUCCGUAAGCAGGAGCGUCGUGGCUGUUUUGCCGUACCGAUGGUCCACUCCACCUAUCUGGUGGACCUACGGAAAGAAGCCUCUCGUCAGCUGGCUUUUUAUCCACCACACCCAGAGUACAGCUGGACCCUGGAUGAUGUCAUCGUCUUUGCCUACUCAGCUCGCAUGGCAGAUGUGCAGAUGUAUGUCUGCAACAAAGAAACAUACGGGUAUUUCCCAGUGCCAAUGCGUUCCCAUGCUACCUUGCAGGAUGAGGCGGAGAGCUUCUUGCAUACACACCUUGAGAUCAUGGUGAAAAAUCCUCCAUUGGAGCCCUCCAGCUUCCUGUCUCUUCCUCCGAAGCAGUCUAACAAGAUGGGCUUUGAUGAGGUGUUCAUGAUAAAUCUGGUGCGGAGAUCUGACCGUCGUGAGCGAAUGCAAAGAGCUCUGUACGAGCAGGAGCUCAACUGUAAGGUUGUUGAUGCUGUGGAUGGCAAAGCUCUGAACAAGUCUGAGAUAGAGUCUAUGGGGAUUAAGAUGCUGCCGGGGUACAAAGACCCUUAUCAUGGUCGACCUCUCACCAAGGGUGAACUGGGCUGUUUCCUCUCUCAUUACAACAUCUGGAAGGAGAUAGCAGACCGUGGUCUGCAGACCUCCCUGGUCAUCGAGGACGACCUCCGCUUCGAGGUGUUCUUCAAACGUCGUCUCCAGAAUCUGCUGCAGGAGGUGACGACGCACAAGCUGGACUGGGAUCUCAUUUACAUUGGACGGAAACGCAUGCAGGUGGACCAUCCUGAGAAGUCUGUGCCCAAUAUACAUAAUCUGGUGGAGGCUGACUACUCCUACUGGACACUAGGCUACAUGUUGUCAUUACAAGGAGCUCAGAAGCUCCUCAGGGCUGAGCCUCUGACCAAGAUGCUUCCUGUCGAUGAGUUCCUCCCUGUCAUGUACAACAAGCAUCCAAUUUCAGAGUACAUGGACCACUUUGAACGUCGAGACCUGCGCGCCUUUUCUGCAGAGCCUCUUCUGGUUUAUCCAACCCAUUACACAGGAGACCUCGGCUAUAUCAGCGACACGGAGACGUCGGUGGUCUGGGACAACGAGACAGUCAAAACCGACUGGGACCGAGCCAAGUCGAGGAAAACUCAGGAGCAGGAGGAGCUGAGCUUUGAGGCCCAGAACUCUGACGUACUGCAGUCCGAACUGGAGAACUGGAGCAAACGGGACGAGCUGUGACGAAGAAGAGAGGACGUAAGAGGGAGCAAGAGAGAACUCUGGUAUACAGAGAUGAGGAUGAGGGAGAUAGAACAAAGCUGUGAUCGUGGGGGAAAUGGAUGAGAGGGAGGGAAUAUAACAGAAAGCAGGGGAAGAGGGAAGAAAGGCAGAGUAGAUGGUCACAAGGCUGAUGAGGGAUAAAUGCUUUUCCUUGUACAUUUCUCUCUCCACUAUUUGAUCUUUCUCAUAAGAGACAAGGUUAGAUGCAGUGUUAACUCUUGAAGAGUCAGCUAACAGCUUUUGUUUUAUUUAUUGCAUCUAGUGCUCAUCCCUUGACCACAGCCACGGUCCAUUAAUAGUCCUCAUUAUUUUUAUUGCAAUUUUCCCCAGACUUGCCCCACACACUAUUCAAAAUAAAUUCCAAUUUAGUGCUUUUUACUAAAACUGCUGGUAACAUUUCAACUGUCCAGUAUAAUUUCACAUCACAAAAACUGCAGUAUGUUUUUGGUUUAAAAUAAAAGCUUCAAAAUUUUCUAAUUAAUUUCUUUUUAAUUAAUUUCUUGUAAUUUUUUCAUUGGAUUGACUAAAAAAGGUGACAAGGAAGAAAACAGAAUCACUAAAAUGUUACCUUUGCUGUAUGGUGCUAUACUCUAUCCCAGUGGUUCCCAACCUGGCUUUUGAACCUCAAAACAAAGUAAUGUCUGCUUCCAACUUGGUUGCAUUUGUCUGUUGGUUGUGAUGACUUCUUCUUUGUUUUUAUAAUAGUCAUUUAUAAAGAAAAAGUAUCCAGUAAAUCACAAGAAGAAUAAAUGAAUUGUAAAUCAUCUUGGGACCUCUCAUCUUGUGACAACUUGUGGGGGUCCAAACCCCCAGGUUGGAAACCACUACUCUGUCGUCUUCUCCUCUUCUAGUGACUCUGAACUCCAUGCAGUUCAGUUUAGCUCCAUGUGGCUGAUAUGUUAUUUAUUAUACAUUUUUUGAGGUUAUCACCUAACCUUGCUCAUUUUUUCACUCAUGAAUGUAUAAGUGUUUUCCUUUAUUAUUUUCCUUUACAUUUUUACAACAGCAGUUUGGUUUAGUGAUUCAGUAUUUUUCCCCUCACUACAUGUUGCAGUUUCAACCCAAACAUGCAGCUUUUGUUGCAUUUUGUUCAGUGAAGAUCAAAAAAACAAAUGAAUAUACAUUUUUUAACUUCUCAUGUUUUGUCUCUUCUCAGUGUGUACAAAGUGUGUGUGUUAACCAAAGAAAGAAUAAAAACUUUUAUAAUGAA